GCGGCGGGCGCGGCCGAGCGUGCGGGAACCGCCGUGCUCCGCGCCCGGCUCCGCAGCGCCGGGGCUCUCCCCCCCGCCGGCGAAGGGAAAGGACGGAGGCUGUGGUGCGGGGAGGGGGAAAAGGGGAUAAAAGAACACCACCGAACCCACCACAACCCAAACCAAAACCAAGAAAGGAGGAGGAGGAGGGGAAGGAAGGCAGGAAGGAGGAGAGAGGAGGAAAAGGAAAAAAAAAGAAAGGAAAAAAAGCAGGGAGGCAGAGGCGCCGGCGGAGCGGAGAGGGCGGCCGGCCGGAGCCCCGCACUCAUCAGCCGGAUCAAGACUCCUUGUGUGUGUGUGUGUGAUUGUGGAUUAAAGCCUUUGCGAAGAAGGAGGGAGGACAAAAAAAAACCCCAAACCCCAAAAACCCAGGCAGCCAAGCAAACCAACCCCGCAUCAGGACGAGCUGGGCUUUAAAGAGGGAUACAACACUCUGGAUGCGCUGCUUCUUCUCUUUUGUGACAGAUGCUUAAACCGAUUCCGACCUCCAAAUCUUAGGCGGGCAGAGGCGCGGGCCGGCGCUGCCCCCCGCGGGAGGCGGCGGGACCCGCGGCCCCAGCGCGGAGACUGGCGCAUGCCACAGCCCGCCUCGGCCCCGCCGCCGCCGCCGCCUUCCCCCCGCCGCCCGCCGCCGCCCGCCGCUGCCCGCCGCCGCGUCUCGGCUCCCGGCCCCUUCAUGCGCGGCGGACGACAUGCCCGUUUUGUAGCCGGGGGCCCCUCCUCUCGUCCCGCAUGUUCAGGACCAAACGCUCGGUGCUCGUUCGGCGGCUUUGGCGGAGCCGUGCGCCCGGCGGCGAGGAGGAGGAGGAGGCGGCGGCGGGCGGCGAGCCCGGCGCGGCGGCGGCGGCCGAGGCCCGGGCGCAUGUCUGCGGCGGGGGGCGCGGGUGCUGCCCGGGCAAGGCGGGCCGCGGCGGCCGGGCGGCCGCGGGCGCGGAGGCGGAACUGAAGGCGCUGACCCACGCCGUGCUGAAGCGGCUGAAGGAGCGGCAGCUGGAGGGGCUGCUGCACGCCGUGGAGUCCCGCGGCGGGGCGCGGACCCCCUGCCUGCUGCUGCCCGCCAAGGCGGACUCCCGCCUGGGCCAGCACUGGUACCCGCUCCCGGUGUUGCUCUGCAAGGUGUUCCGCUGGCCCGACCUCCGCCACUGCUCCGAAGUUAAGCGGUUAUGUUGCUGUGAAUCCUACGGCAAGGCUCACUCCGAGCUCGUCUGCUGCAACCCGCACCACCUCAGCCGGCUCUGCGAGCUAGAGUCUCCCCCUCCACCCUACUCCAGAUAUCCAAUGGAUUUUCUCAAACCAACUGCAGAUUGUCCAGACUCUGUGCCUUCCUCCACUGAAACAGGGGGAACUAAUUGUCUAGCCCCUGGGGGGCUUUCAGAUUCCCAAGUUCUUCAGGAGCCGGGGGAUCGGUCACACUGGUGCGUGGUGGCAUACUGGGAAGAGAAGACGCGCGUGGGUCGGCUGUACUCUGUCCAAGAGCCCUCCCUGGAUAUCUUCUAUGAUCUACCUCAGGGGAAUGGUUUCUGCCUCGGACAGCUCAACUCGGACAACAAAAGCCAACUGGUGCAGAAGGUCCGCAGCAAGAUCGGCUACGGCAUCCAGCUCACCAAGGAAGUGGACGGCGUGUGGGUGUACAACCGCAGCAGUUACCCCAUCUUCAUCAAGUCGGCCACACUGGACAACCCCGACUCCAGGACGUUGCUGGUUCACAAAGUGUUCCCGGGAUUUUCCAUCAAGGCUUUUGACUACGAGAAGGCAUACAGCUUGCAGAGACCCAACGACCACGAGUUCAUGCAGCAGCCAUGGACCGGAUUUACUGUUCAGAUCAGCUUUGUGAAAGGCUGGGGCCAGUGCUACACCAGACAGUUCAUCAGCAGUUGCCCGUGCUGGUUGGAGGUUAUUUUUAAUAACCGAUGACUUGAGACAGAGAGGACUCGUGACAUUUAUACUACUUUGCUGCUAUUAUUUCCUUCUGAGUGCUUGCUUUUCAUGCAAACUUUGUGGUUUUGUUUUGUUUUUGUUUGUUCCCUGCCCCUCUCUGUUUUGAGAAAUAGCUUAUGGAAAGUUUUCUUUCCUUGUUUUACUUGUGUUUUUUUUUUGCCUUGGGUAUUUUGAUAAAUAUCUAUUUUUUAAACGUGUGAAUGACCAAUAACUCAGAAGGGAGAGAGGAGCGUACCAGGGGGAUGGAUCACUUACGAUAGCUCUUUCACGCCUCUGAAAGGAUUAUCCGACGUGGUCAAUGGAUUCAGGAGACUUUUCCUGUUCGCUAACAGCUCCUUCUCUCCGACAAAACAACAAGAUACCUGUAUUUUUUAAGCACCACCUCUCCCACCAGCCUUCUGCAGGUGCUGGUGACACCGAGACCCUUUUCCCAGCGGUGCUAACCCCACGUUGCCACCGAAGGAUGGUGCAGAACCUUCCCAACCAGGUCUUUACCCACCGUUUUCACGUCUUGUCACUGUGUUCAUCCUUCCACUGCCUUUUGAUUUGUUUUUGUUCCUACGGUCAUGGAUCGAUGCAAGGGGAGAAGACAAGAGAGAAACCUCAUGCAUGGCCCAUGCUUUAUGAUUCGAGCUGAGACGUGAAGCGGCAGAAUCCCAAACCUGAAAAAACAACCCACAAAACAAAACAAAUGAGAAACAUGGGGAGACAAAAAAAGUGUUCAUGAUAGUUGGUCUGUUGUAACCUGCGUAGAUCAGGUUAUCCCGGUACCAUCCUAUCUGGAGAUGCAGUUGUGCUUUCAUUUCUUCUUGAAUUCAUACACGAGUAUGAUACUUUUACACUGUUCUUAGCUCAAUGAGCAUGUUUAGACCUUAACAUAAGCUAUUUUUCUAAAUAUAAAGGUUUAAAUGAACAAGAGAAGCAUUCUCAUUGGAACUUUAGCAUUGUAGGUCUUUGGAGAUUAAAACACACUCACACACACACACACACACACAAACAAACACACACACACGAAAUAAAGACUCCUUAAAAAAAAAAAACCCUGAGAUUUAUUAAAGAAAAAAAAAUGUAUUUUAUGUUAUAUAUAAAUAUAUUAUUACUUGUAAAUAUAAAGACGUUUUAUAAGCAUCAUUAUUUAUGUAUUGUGCAAUGUGUAUAAACGAGAAAAAGAUAAGAAAGAUGCACUUUGCUUUAAUAUAAAUGCAAAUAACAAAUGCCAAAUUAAAAAAAAAAACAAACAAAAAAAGGAAACAAACAAAAAAAGAAAGACCACGAGAUUGGUGUUUUUUUUUUUCUAUGGGUGUUAUCAUCCAGAUGAAUGUUUUUUCUAAAGGAGUUUAUGUUCCAUUAAAAAAUAAAAACGUACACUUGAUCCCA